AAGGCAUCCACAACUGUAGUGCCGGGAAUAUUCUGGACUACCAUUUAAGCACCGCUGGUCACAUGGCAGGGACACAUGUGGGGACGCAGAUUUUAUCUGCGCAUCAUUUCGCCUCUGAUAUUUUCUACAGUGAUGUAAGCUUCGACAUGCAGAGCGAAAAUAAUCAGAAUGAGUUUGCAGGGGAAGCCAAUUUUAAGCAUUUUAGUGAAAUUGGCGACGAGGAAGAGGAAAAUGAAGAAGAGUAUAGAGAAGAUCUGUGGAGCUUGUGCGAGCCGGCCAAGAACAGCCCUUUCGAGUCUCUGCGAGAAAAUGACGGCCUUUCGCCGGUUUCGAACUCGGAACCUCAUGGUGCUGUGGAGCGCUCGAGAGAAUUUAGCCUUAAUUUAUGCACGGAAAGCCUGGGCUUUGAGAGCUCUGACGAGAGAGAUGAUUGUUAUGCAGGUUUUCCAGAAAACACGGAGAAUUUUGUAGAAGGAAAAGUGGAGGUUCCGGAUGACGACAGCGACGUUGCCGCUGAAAAACAUCGAUACGCCCCCAGUCGUGGUCACAUGGGGGCUAGGAAGGGAGCUACAUUUCCGCCCCCUCUGACAUGGCUCAAGCCCUCGGUUUUUCUCAAGCCCCUGCGAAAGGACGGGAGAUUUCUUCUGCGGGAGGCAGAGGAGGAUGAUGAGGUGGUGGCUCCACGUCACAAGCUCCUGCGCGCGUGGCGUCAGAAUGGCCGCCUUAGGCUCCAGCUCAUCCCUCUUCCGCAUAGUAAUCAAAACUUUAUUGACACGUCAGUGGGUAGUGACACGUCAUCAGAGGAAGGCGAGCAGCGGUUGACGUCAUCAUCGACGUCAGUUUUGACGUCAUCUUCACCGUCCGUUGACGAGAGUUCUGUAAUAUGGGGUGCCACGUGGGAGCAAGAAGGCGUGGAAUUUCCCAGAGCUGACGUGUCCUUGCCGUUAUUCGUUAUUCCCCUUGACAGGUGUCAAGAGAAGACCGCAUGUUUGCCCACGUGGAAUCCACGCUGCAUCACCACUUGAUGACGUAAGCAUGGCUGGGUUUUUAAGUGGGUAGUUAGGGCUAUUGCAUUUAUGUGAAUAUACCUAGGGUAUUGUUUAUUAGGCUCUUUUUUCGUUUGAAGGAUUUGUAAAGAUGGUUUUGUUGAGAGGAGUGAAAUUUACAUUUAAAAUUGGGGAGGUUAGGGUUCAUACCAAAGAUAGGUGUUGGGGUGUUUGGUUUUAAUGGUAAUGUCAUGUUGUAGGGAUCUAUAUGAUGUGGAGUUCAAAUUUUAAUGAAAAAAAAGAUUGAAA